UAACUAAUGUGACAAGUAUUAUUUAUUUUGCUCAUAAUUUCUUGUUUGUUUCAGAUCGUGCUUAGUUGGCCAUGGUGCCUUUGCUGGUGGCUGUGAGGUAACAGUAAUGGGGGCAUGGGACCGGGUCGGUCGGAAUGGGCAUGCGCGCUCUCCCAGGCACGCUAUUGGCCAAGUCUGCAGAUAGACCGGCAGUGACGUCAUCACCCCCAACCAAAGCCAACGCUACGCCGCCACUGGCAUUCCGAAGACUGCCUUCCAGGAAGGACGCCGCUGGAUUUACACCAACUGUGAUUUUUACGCUUUUUCUGUUGCACACAGCUUGUGGCGACAGUAUCCAGGAUGCGGUCCACAUCACUGCCAUCCUGGGCGAGUCCGUGGUGUUCAACUGCCACGUGGAGUUCCCUGAGGGACACCCGGUGCCAUACGUGUUGCAAUGGGAGAAGAAGGGCCAGGAGAUACCGAUUUACAUUUGGUACGAAAGUUACCCCACACACAGCGCCGAAGGGUACGAAGGACGAGUGUCGAGAGUCUCGCCCGAUUCACCCUAUGGAGCUGCUUCCCUUAACCUCACCAACAUUAGAGAAUCCGACCAAGGAUGGUACGAAUGCAAGGUGGUGUUCCUCAACCGACUGCCGAACCAGAACAAGAACGGCACCUGGUUCCACCUGGACGUGCACGCCCCCCCUAGGUUCGUCGUCACCCCCGAGGACGUUGUCUACGUGAACCUAGGGGACGCCAUCAUCCUCAACUGCCAAGCGGAAGGCACACCGUCGCCGGAGAUCCUCUGGUACAAGGAUGCCAACCCUGUAGAACCAUCCGCCACCAUUGUGUGCGCCUUCUUUCCCGCAGGAGUCUUCAACGAAGGCACCGAGCUCAGGAUCAGCAACAUCAGGCACGAGGACAUUGGGGACUACACAUGCAUAGCCAGGAAUGGGGAGGGACAGAUAUCUCAUACUGCCAGGGUCAUCAUCGCCGGUGGAGCUGUCAUUAUGGUCCCCCCGACGAAUCAAACAAAGCUGGAGGGCGAAAAAGUCCAGUUCAACUGCGAGGCCAAGGCUCAACCAGGCAACGUGACAGUUCGGUGGUUUCGAGAAGGUGCUCCCGUAAAGGAGUUGGCUUCGCUGGAGACCAGGGUAACCAUCAGAAGAGACGGUUCUCUGGUUAUCAACCCCGUAAGCUCAGACGACUCAGGGCAGUACCUCUGUGAGGUCAGCAAUGGAAUUGGGGAGCCCCAGUCUGCAUCAGCUUAUCUCAACGUUGAAUAUCCAGCGAAGGUGACUUUCACACCAACUGUUCAAUAUUUGCCUUUCCGACUAGCAGGAGUUGUCCAGUGUUAUAUCAAGGCCAACCCUCCAUUGCAAUACGUUACUUGGACCAAGGACAAGAGAUUGCUAGAACCUUAUCAGACCAAAGACAUCGUUAUUAUGAACAAUGGUUCCCUUUUGUUCACCAGAGUCAAUGAAAAUCAUCAGGGUCGAUAUACCUGUACGCCUUACAACGCUCAAGGUACCCAAGGCAGUUCUGGGCAAAUGGAAGUGCUGGUGCGAAAACCACCAGCUUUUACUGUAGAACCAGAACCAAUGUACCAACGGAAAGUAGGAGAGUCAGUUGAAAUGCACUGUGAAGCCCAAGAAGCUGAAGGGACGCAGAAGCCUAGUGUACAGUGGCAAAGAAGAGAUGGCACUCCGCUACCUAAAAACCGAGUCAAGCAAAUUGGAGGCAACAUCACCAUCGAGUCUUUGCGAAGAUCCGAUUUUGGCUUCUACCAGUGCGUCGCGAGCAACGAGGUAGCAACGAUAGUCACAGCCACUCAACUUGUCGUUGAGGGUACUCAACCACAUGCACCGUACAACUUGACGGCUACUGCUACUGAGUUUUCAGUGACCUUGAGCUGGUUGCCUGGGUAUAGCGGAGGACCUGAUUAUAAACAGACCAUUUGGUACCGUGAAGCUGGUGUCUCAGAAUGGUCUACGAUUCCUGUAACUCCGUCUGGUAGUACGCAGGUUACGAUCAACCGACUAGCACCAGGUACUACCUACGAGUUCCAGGUUGUAGGAAAGAACGCCUUGGGUGAUGGAAUGAUGAGCAAAAUUAUCACUGUCAGGACUUUGGGUAAGCAUUUAUUGUUAUUAAUGCAAUAG